GGUGCCAUUUUUGUGGAUGGAUUAUAAAAAUGUUAUGUUUUUGAUACGCCAAAAAUAGUGCACACUUUUGGUGAAUUUGUGCUGGGAUGAAAGUUUCAAGAUGUUGAGUAAUUUUAAAAGGUCUGUGCUCAGGUGGACUAGUAGGUGACAGUUUGGAUCAAGUUCGAUGCCAUUGAAGUUUUAAAGAAAAAAACUCUGUUUCUGUGAUGAACAACCAUGACACCAGGAUCAUCCCUAACGGUUCUGUUGCUGAUUUCAACGAGUUUCGCGAUGAGGAACUCGUCUUCGAGAUCUUUACGUACCAGGCAAAUUUCGGGGAUGAAAUUAUCCAGCGGUUUUAUGGAAAUUGUUCAGGAGGAGACCUGCUCGGAUUCUAUUAUCCGGUUGUCUUGCAGGUCACUAAAGGCCAUAAUCUUUAUCCUGGAAGCAGAAUAUCACACAGAUCGAACAAAUGCCUGCGGUUACGAUUUGCAGGCGAUAGAAAAAGAGCGUCAAAAAAGUUUACACCAAUUUACAGAUCGAAAUGCACUUUACAGUGUCAAAUUUGCGAGACACCUAAGAGAAAGCUACAUGGCAGAGGAAGAAGAAAAAUCUACCGCUGUUGACCUCAGACCGUCGCUUAACAGAAGGUGUUCUGGUCUGCAACAUUGCAGGUAUAAAAUGUCCACAGACCAUCCUGGUCCUUCCUUGUGGAUUCCUGCAAAUAUUCGUGUGAAAUAUGCUUGUAUUCCUGAAAAGGAAGUUCGUAAAUAUUGCAAUAUGCAUGUGAAGGUCGUGGCAGAUGAAGAAGGCUAUGUGAGGACUCCAGGAUAUCCUCUCUAUUACCUGGGAGAAAAUUCAUGUGGAUGGAUUUUUAAAUCUCUUCCUGGUCAGAGGAUAGCGCUGACUAUUCACGACCUUCAUAUUCGGGAUCGUGAACCUGAUGGAAGUUGUGUGGACGUUGUAAGAGUGCGAGACAGUGGAAGUACAGUUUACGAAAAUUGUGGAACUGUGGCUGGAGAUACUAUAAUUUCAAACACGAAUUUGGUGACUGUUGACCUUAUUGCGUCUGAGGAAUUUUAUCCUGCUCGCGGAUUUUUGUUGCAAUAUAAAGUUUUGGGUUGUCCUGACAUAUUGGCACCAAACGGAAGUCAUGUAUCGAACGGAACACUCGAUACGAGAACAUUCCUGUGUCGAAUGGGUACACUUUUUCCGGACACAAAACAGAGAACGAGAACGAUUUUUUGUAAUAAUGGUCGCUGGAAUGAGAAUGUCCAGUCUAUGCCGAGCUGCGUAGCCUCGUCAGCAUUGAUUCUGAAGACAGAGGCUGACGACAACCGAUUGUCCAGUCUGUCUGGAGACGACAUAGGCUCUGAGGUAAGAAGAGGCGUCGGAACCGACAACGCAGUCGCAUUUACAACCCAAAUUAUGGAUUCGGCUUCGACGCAGCCGAACAUGUUGAACAACGCCGACUACACCGUAGACGUUGUUUUACCAACCCUCCUGAUCGCUUUGCUCUUUGUCGGCAAUGCUGUUAUCGUCUACGUCAUCUUCCAAUACCGAAAAAGAAAAACGCCGCCCGGAGGGGGGACAGCGGAAGAAGUGGCUCUGGAUGCAGCGAGUGGCGUGCCUCCAGUUUGAUUGGAUCUCCAAUGAAUUCUAGUUUAGGACCCACCUGCGCAUCUU